AAACCGCGUGCGCUAUUUGGGCAGAGAAGAAACAGCGCGUGCUCUCCAGGUGACAUGGACUUGACACAGAUCCUCCUCUGCGCACUCGUGCUCGCUCCCGUCCUGACGUCCAAGCUGCCGUGCCACGACGAGCACGAGCUGGAGGAGCGCGCGGAGCGCAAACUGAAAACUCAUUACCCGCAACCGCCGCAACCCGCGCACCUGACCGCACCCGAGAAGCCGCUCACCUGUCCGCUGGACCAGUACCAUCACACGGAGCUCCGCGGCAGGUCUCUGUCUCCGUGGACCUACGUCCUGAGAACCAUGAAGGACCAUUUCCCCCCGACUGUGGCCGAGGCUCAGUGUCUGUGCAGAGGAUGCAUUAUAACCUCGGACAGCAAUGAACUGGUGGAGAGUCACGACUACAACUCGGCCCUCAUCAGGCAGAGCAGGGUGUUCCUAAAGAGGGAACUCUGUGAGGAUGGAAAGAAGUACCGCCUGGUACCGGUGACUGAGCAGGUGGGAGUGGGUUGCACCUGUGCUCGACCCAACACCAUCUGAAGGAACUGCGUCCAGACCUUCACACUGUGUUUGUUUUAAAGCACACAAAGUCCUCUACAACAUCUCCCUGAGGACAUCAGUACCUUUUGUUCUUUUGGUUCUGGAGGUUUCAUUUCUUAUUUAUGUCAUCUUUAUAUAUUUGAAGCAGGGUUUAUAUUUAUUUUAAGAGUCUUAUACUUAAUAUUUAAAGAAGACACCUUUGGGUUUUUUUUUUUUUUUAAAUCUCCUCUUGGUGCUGUUUGUAACACUAACAAUUCAUGUUUACCCGUCCUCUUGGUAAAUCCACAAUAAUGUACAAUUUCUACAAAAGACACUUUCUCUAUUGUGCUUCCUUCAUGGAUGUUUCACAAUAACAGCUUUAUAGCCUUAAAGGGCACCAUUCUCCUUUUAUGGCUUUUAAUGUGAAAUGCCAGGAGGAAGCGCUCUACAGUGACAGUUCUCCAACAGAAUGAAAGCCCACACCUCUGCCAAACCAUAAUGCCAACAGAGGAGAGCAACUACGUCUCAGUUUUCACAUAUAUCUUUGUGAUGUCAUGAGGCAAGGAUGAUAAAGGAAGAAAGGUACUUUUUAAAUUACAGAGUAGUUUUGGUCAAACUCAUGUUUCAUGCAAUCGCUUCCCCACACAAUCAAACAGGGGCGAUCACAUGUCCUCCAACUCAGAUCUUUGGGAUGGCAUAAGGAAACACUAUUAAAGGAAGAAGCAUUUUCUUUUUUAAAUUUUAUUUGAAGUAGAUUCAUGUUCAUAAAAUCUGCUCUACUUUUCCCUGAUCCAACAACCAGCUCAUGACAAAAAUGUGUUCAAAUACAUCAACGAUUUUUCAUGAUCGCGUCCCCACAUCGGCAAAUGUGUGAUCACGUGUCCUCCACCACGUCUUUGUGAUGUCAUAAGGAACAAAUGUGACAGUAAACUAAUUAAAGGAAACACUAUACAGCAAUGCUGUACACAUUAAAAGUACAAUUUGAAAAAUGUGUUCACCUCUUCAUGACUCAACUACCAUCCAAAACCUGCUUCUGGAUUUGACAUGCCGGGUGUAAAAACUGGAAAAGAAAUGAAUUGUUGUAAACAGAAAUUUGUGUUUAAAAAAAGUGUUGCAUGUGACUGGUAUUGUGCUUUGGGAUGAUCCUGUGGAAAUGUACAACAUGGUGAAUUUCUCAUGUGACCUGACCUACCUGUAGAGGUAACUUUGUUUCGCACGUUUUUGUUUGUUUGUUUUGUUUGUUUUAAAUCCUGCCUUUUAUUUAUGACCAUUGGUUAUUUAUUUAUGUUACACCAAGUUGAGAAUUUAGGGCAGCUUUCAGAAACUUUUGCUUCUAUUUAUUAGAUUGUUACAAAGUGUGAGGGCCUGUGCUACCUGAUGAGGGCGCGACAGCUCAGGACGCACAGAUGAUGACCUGUGCAGUGACACUGUGUCUGUUUUAUUAGACGGAUUUAUUGUCUCCAGUGACUAUGUCAUAAGUGAUCAUUUAAUACUGUGUGUGAAAACGAGUGACGCUGGAUUGUUGGGUAUGAGCUACACAUUGGACACAGCUCUGUUGUUUGUUUGUUUAUUGUUUACAACACUGCUCUAACGCAGACUAUGUAAACUGGCUGUUUUUAUUACUGAUGACUUUGUCAUAAGAGAAACUAGCUAUCAUAUAGUUUUGUAAGAUAGUAAGUUAACUGAUAAUAAUAUUUAAUAGCUAUUUAUUUUGCGUGUGAAGUAUUUAAAAAUGUAAAAGGGUUUAGAAUACACAAAAGUGUGACAUAACUGUGUAUUUACAGGGUUUUGUCCCAGUGGGACUUUCUUACGUAUAAUAAAGAUUGUAACAUGAUGUCAGCUUCUUUGAAGUGGAUAAAAGUAAAUAAAUUUUUAAUUUA